AUGGCGGCCAACGUAAUGUUUGGCCAGUUGGGAAGAAGGAGGGCUGAUAGAGUGUUUAGAGAACGUUUCUCUGUAGAAAACAUGACUGACGAGGACAUCCGUAGGCGAUAUCGCUUUGGAAAAGACUCAAUUAAACAAAUAGUAGAGCUUCUUGAUCCUAUUAUCGGCCACAGAACGAAAAGGUCGAAGGCACUAUCAACGGAAUUACAGAUUUUGAUCGCCUUGAGAUUUUAUGCCAGUGGAAGUUUUCUUCAAGUUCUUGGUGACACAACCGGCGUCGACAAGUCAACCGUCUCUCGAAUCGUUGUGAAAGUGUCACAGGCGCUGGUAUCUCUUGCACCCAGAUUUAUUAAAUGGCCAGUAGACGAGGAGCUAACCAGAAUCAAGAGUGAAUUUUUUAAAUUAGCGGGCUUUCCAGGUGUUAUUGGAUGUAUCGACGGAACUCACGUGAGGAUCCAAGGACCGUCAGAGAAUGAACCAGCAUUUGUAAAUAGGAAGGGCUACCACUCAAUCAAUGUUCAGGCAAUAUGUGAUGAUACUGGUAAAUUUACCAACAUCGUGGCAAGAUGGCCAGGUAGCACACAUGAUAGCCACAUAUUUAACAUGAGUGGAAUAAAGCAAGAUAUUGAGCAGAACUUCCGUUCAAUCAACGAUGGCAUCAUUUUGGGCGAUAGCGGGUAUGCCUGUAAGCCAUAUCUCAUGACACCAUACCUCCGACCCUCCUCUCAGGCCCAGGAGCGCUUUAAUACAGCGCACUCUAAAACACGUGUGACCAUAGAGAGGACUUUUGGUUGGUGGAAACGACGGUUUCAUGUCCUUCACUCCGAAAUCAGAAUGAAACCAGAGAGAGUGUGCACAAUAAUUGGUGCUUGUGCAGUUUUGCAUAACCUGGCUAUAUUGUACAACGAGCCACCGAUGGAUGAAGAUUUCACUGUCAAUGGAAAUAUACAAGGGAUUUACAAUGGACCCGAGGACGGAAAGAACAUCAGGAAUUACAUAACUCAACAUUAUUUCUAGAUAGGGCUUAAACUUCAGUGACUUGAUAUGGGGUACUCCUGUUCUUUUGAUGUGUAAAUGUUAUGUGCCUAUUAAUUAAUAUGAUUUUAAAAGAUGAAGAUAGCUUGUAAACCUUCUAUAUGGAGCCUCUGGACUACAUGUAUACAAUAAUCUUUUUGGACACCGUGAAUAGUUUUCGUAUUUAAAAGUGCUGAUUUAAAAUAUAUUAUAAAUAUAUACCUUUUCUUUAUAUUUCAUUUUCAACUUAGGAAAAGAAGUCAGAUAACUUU